AUGGUCAUCCUACAACUCAAGAACCCUGUGCGCUCUGCUCUGGCAUCGCUGGAAUGCCUGGUCGUAUGGACUUCAGCAGGAAAAGUCCGAGGCAGAGUCGUUCAGUACAACAUCACAGGCACCGUCUACAGCAUCAUCGCCUUCUACGGUAUCCCCUUCGCGGAACCUCCCAUCGGCCGGAACCGGUUUAUGGCGCCCAAGUGCGCGAAACCACGCACCGGGGUUUUAGACGCCACAUACAAGAGACCACCUUGCAAGCAGGAGGACAUGCACACGCCAAAAAAGAACCACAUCAUAGACUCCUCCAAUACGACUGAGGAAUGCUUGCACAUAAAUGUAUGGGUACCGGGUACUUGCGCGAAUCCUGAAAAGCAGCGCGCCGUCCUUUUCUGGCUGUACGGAGGCGCGUUCGAGAGCGGCGGGAACAUCUACGACUUCUACGACGGCCGCUUCCUGUCCGGUCUGGGAAACUUGGUGGUCGCGGUGCCCAACUACCGCGUCUCGCUCUUCGGCUUCCUCAACUCGAGCACGGGUCACGACGUGCGGGGAAACAUGGGUCUGCACGAUCAAAUUCUGGCGCUACGGUGGGUUCGCGACAACAUCGGUCGCUUCGGCGGAGACCGCGACAACAUCCUGGUGGCGGGCGACAGAAGAGGCGCCAUAUCGCUGACGCUCCUGAUGGCCAGUCCGCUCGGAUCGCCGUUCACCUUCCGUAGGGUUUACCUCAUGAGUGGCAUCAUGGACACUCUGCUGGUCACUGAGGCGGGCAGCGAGGCACGUGCCGCUUUCAAAGCGAUUGCAGACGCCGCUAAGUGCCAGUCGGAGAAUGCGACCAUUGUGUUGCGCUGUCUUGCGGAGCAAAGCGCCUCGGCACUCUUCGAAGCCUCCGAGGAAGUGCAGAUGCAACUCAGGCCGAGCCGAGAGGGACCCCUGCUUCCCGCCGACGCCAUAAAAAUUGGGAAACGCGACAUUAGCAAUCUCGAAGUUAUGAUGAGCAGUACUCUGAACGAGGCCAUGUCGCUCUUCCAGAACCUUUUGCCGCAGUUUUGGGGCAAAAAGCAGACGGAUCCCAAAGAAACCAUGAGGGCGUUGCUCAAGAUGGGCUUCAGUGGCGUGAACGAGUCGGAUCUUGACAUCAUGCUCAACUUCCUGAGAAAGCAUCACUAUGACGUCGACGACCCGGACUAUAAAGGUUGGGUCGAUCUUAUAGGCGACAUGCUCUUGCGUUGUCCGACGAAGAGUUUCGCAGAUGAGCUGGCGAAAGGCGGCGCGACCGCCUAUUACCACAUCUACGAGCCGAAGCCAUCUUAUUCCUUGUUCGAUGGCGACAGCGCAAGCCACGGCGAAGACGUGCUUGUACUAUUCGGCACAGUAACCUUUCUCUACCCUGAGCUUGCCACGGAUGAGGAAAGAGCCACAACGCUUCGCAUGAUUCGCACACUCUCCAAUUUCGCAAAUAACGGGUCUGUGCCGAAGCUGGUAGACGGCAGUUCGUGGCCGGCGAUUCACAAUGGGUCCACCGACGAAAUCGUGCGGCUCACCCACGCCGGCUAUAACUACGGCAGCAGGCCAGAGCACGACUGUUACCUGGCUGAACAGAUCCACAUAUAUUAUAAAGAACGAGAACAGGACAGCUCGUCACAGCGGGCCAGGACAGGCUUCAGUGUCUUCGACGCGACCCUGUGGCGGGUGGCGGAGUAA